AUGGCGACUUCGAACCAAGCGUAUUUUGAAACCAUUCGCGCGACACUGAACAGCGCGCUGUGUGUGAUUAACUUUGCAAGUCAGCUGAUUGAGCGACACAAUAAGCCCGAAGUCGAAGUAGGUAUCUCUAAGGAAAUAGUCUUUAAACCAAUUGUGAUUGUCAGAGUCCCAUCACAACCAGAUAAAGACGAGCCCGCUGUCGACAAAUGCGAGAAGGUGAUGAUCGAGGGUUCCGUCAACUCCGCAAGAAUUUCAAUUUGCAUUAAGAAGGCCGACGGCUUGGAAGUCAUUUUACUCAGAAGAUUUGUUUCUUUCCUUCAACAAAGAGCUGAGUCCUUUGUCAUCUUAAGAAGAAAACCAAUCCAAGGCUAUGACGUCUCCUUCUUGAUCACUAACUUCCACUUGCAAGACCUCUACAAACACAAAUUGAUCGAAUUCAUCGUCGACUUCAUGGGCGAAAUCGACAAGGAAAUCUCUGACAUGAAGAUCUCAGUAAACACUAGAGCUAGAGUCACUGUCGCGGGUAUCACUGGUAACAACCCAGCUCCAGGAUUCUUCAAGUCACUCUUGGCGUAA